CACGUUUAAAAUUCCAUUUCUCAUCUCAGACAGCUUUGCUUCUGUCUGCUGCCAAGUCGUCUGCGAUUCCAGGACGAGGGAAAACGUGCUAAAAAGCUAAUCGAUCUGCUGGGAAGUUGUUCACAAUGAACGGGGAUACGUAUUCUGCCAGACCGGACGCGGGUCGCUCUAGGGACUACUACCGCGAGGAGCGGCGCGAGCGUGGUGGCGAGAGACCGGAGAGACCAGAGAGAUCGGACAGAGGAGACAGACCGGAGAGGGCCGAGCGCGGUGAACGAGGCGAGCGAGGAGAGAGAAGACGAUCCAGAUCGCCCCAUUACAGCUCUCGGGGCGGGUCCCGACGCGAGUUCGAGGCGGACUCGUACUCGUCCAGCCGCGACUACCGCGCCAGAGAACGCGAGGAUCGCUACUCCAGCCGCAGAGAAGACCGCGAAUGGGAUCGGGAUCGAGGCGACCGCCGCCGCAGAGACUACGAAGAAAGACCCUCUCGCCGUGAGAGGGACCGUGAUUUGUUCGAAGAGAGACCCCGCCGGGAAGGGAGAGGAGAUCGGGACCGUGAGCGCGGAGACCGCACUGCUGACCGCGGCGCUGGCGGCGCCGGCGGUGAUCGCGAGCGCGAGCGUGGUGGUGGUGGUGGCGCCGGCGCCGGCGGCGGCGGUGACAGAAGAGAACGGAAGAGGAGUGCUUCGCCUCCACGGAAGAGAGAGCCCACACCCGACCUGACGGAUGUCCUGUCGGUCUUGGAUCGCAAGCGUCGUUUGACGCAAUGGGACAUCAAGCCUCCUGGCUACGAGAAUGUCACCGCGGAGCAGGCCAAGCUCUCUGGCAUGUUCCCUCUCCCCGGUGCACCUCGCCAGCAGCCCAUGGACCCCAGCCGCCUUCAAGCUUUUAUGAACCAGCCCGGUGGCAGCAGCACCGAGACCUCCGCCCUCAAGCCGGCCAACUCGCGCCAGUCGAAGCGUCUUUUCGUCUACAACUUGCCUCCCAAUGUCAGCGGGGAGGCGCUUCUGGCUUUCUUCAACCUCCAGCUCAACGGUCUCAACGUUGUCGAGAGCGUGGACCCCUGUAUCUCGGCUCAGGUGUCCACCGACCGCAGUUAUGCUCUCCUGGAGUUCAAGACGCCCGGCGAUGCCACGGUUGCACUUGCUUUUGACGGAAUCACAAUGGACGAGCACGAGGCUGCCGGCAAUGGUGAGGCUAACGGCUCUCCCCAGGGACUGGAAGUGCGACGACCCAAGGAUUACAUUGUUCCCAGCGGAAUGGAGCAAGAAUACCAGGAGGGCGUACUGCUGAACGAGGUUCCUGAUUCGCCUAACAAGAUUUGCGUGUCCAACAUUCCCAACUACAUCCCCGAGGAACCGGUUACGAUGCUUCUCAAGUCGUUCGGCGAACUCAAGUCUUUCGUCCUGGUCAAGGACAGAUCCACCGAAGAGUCCAGAGGGAUUGCGUUCUGCGAGUACGCUGAUCCUUCUGCUACGAGCAUAGCUGUGGAGGGAUUGAACGGAAUGGAAUUGGGAGACAGACAUCUUAAGGUUGUGCGUGCCAGUAUUGGAAUGACCCAGGCCGCCGGUCUGGACAUGGGCGUCAAUGCGAUGUCCAUGUUUGCCAAGACGACUUCCCAGGAUCUGGAGACCAGCCGUGUCCUGCAGCUGUUGAACAUGGUGACUCCCGAGGAGCUCAUUGAUAACGAUGACUACGAAGAAAUCUGCGACGACGUGCGUGAAGAGUGCUCGAAAUACGGACAGAUCCUUGAGCUGAAGGUGCCUCGCCCUUCUGGCGGCAGCCGACAGUCCCCUGGAGUUGGCAAGAUCUUCGUCAAGUUCGAUACGGUAGAGUCGGCCACGAAUGCUCUGAAGGCGCUUGCGGGCCGCAAGUUCUCCGACCGGACUGUCGUGACGACGUAUUUCUCCGAAGAAAACUUCGAUGUCAACGCUUGGUAAUCGGGAUUAUUUUGUACUGCGCUUGCGCUCCAACCUUUUCACAAUGCUUAAUUGAUUCCAGAAUCCGGGUCCGAGGCCCGGUGUGGGCAGACGAUUCUCAAUCUGUGUUGGAAUGAGGGGCUCUUUCUAUAAUAGUGACUUUCGACCUAAGAACUGGGUUACGAUGUAUCAUAGCGAGAAACGAUUACUUGGAUGGUGACUGUUGUUGUAGACGGGUGUUGUAGCUCGUGGCUCGACUGGUAGUUCUGACUGACAACCUUGUGCGGUGUUUCAGAGGUGAUUAAUGCUCCGUUGAGAUGUUGAUGUUGGGCAAUGAGUCCUCUCUAUUGUCGCGUUCAAGCUUUGAGUCUUCCGGAG